UAUUUAUAAAAAUUAUUGAAAUCUCUCACAAAUUGAAAGUUACUGAUGGAUAGCCUUAAGAACCGAAAAGUCCUUGACCACAGCGCAGUCCCUGAGUCCUCAAAGGAUGAAGAAGAUGAAACCGAGAUUGCUAAUAUGUAUACGACUGAAGAGUUUAGGAAUUAUUCGAGGAAACUUCAUAAGAAGCAGCCUAAGAAUUAUUUCUUUUAAGCAGAAAAUCCCUUGGAAGACCAUUAUUGCAUGCAUAAUAUUUUUCAUAUUGGGCAGUCUUUUCCUCGGAAUAGGAAUACACAAGUGGGUACUGACUAGUCUAUCAGAGUGUUAUGAGUUCUUGCUAUUAGGAUUAAUCAUGUUCAUUCCAGGGAGUUAUCACACGUUCUUAUUGAUCCAGAUUUUACGAGGUGUUCCUGAAUACACCUAUGAUUUACUUGAUGUUUUUGACCAGGAAUAAGCCA